UGGCAGAGUAGGGUAUAUAAGACACGAUCCAUUCACUGUAUUCACCAAAACUCCACGACCUGAUAGAACUUUAAACCUCCAGAGAUGAUGUGUAACCUGAUUCUGUCCUGCUUUCUCCUGAUCUUCUCCGGCAGUCAUCUGCUGGCACAUCCCAUCACAGACACAGCUGAGAUGACUUACGGCACCUCUGAUUCAGGGGAAGAGCUUGGAGCAUUCAGUCCUGAUGAUUUUUCUGUCGCUGAUCUCAAUGAUCUCCUGCAGAGGGCAACAACAGGACAUCCCUCGCUGCUCACCAGAGACGGUAUCAAAACGUCAGGCCAGAUUCCUAGAAACGCUCUAAAAGAGGUUCUGCUAGAAAAACCCUAUCGCCUCAUGCCUGCCGGUUCUCUCUGGAGCAGCAGGAGACAGUUCAGGAAGAGAGGAAGCAGCGCGGAUUGUUUCUGGAAGUACUGCGUUUGAGAAAUACUGAGCCGUGACAUCACGAGGAGAUACUUAUAUAUUUCAUAGACACACAAAAACUGUUGGUAGGCCUACUCGUAUAUUUAUAGUGACAUCCUUUAUUUGUUUUGAAUAAGCUCAUGAUAUUUUCAACCCCCAUUUGGUUUCACAUUUACAUCCCUACUUAGAUGAAACUGAGACAUGCAAACACACACAAAUACCGUAUAAACAGGACAAAAAUGUAAACAUAGCAAACAUAGCUGAAAGAAGAUGGUAAACCAAUUGUGUACAUUAUGUGGAAGCUUAACAUGUGCCUUUACAUUUUACUGAUAUUCAAUACUGGAAUAUUUAAAGCCAUUGACA